AUGACGGACAAUAAUAAAAAACGCGGUAAUAGUUUCCGCAAGAUAUUUCCGAAUAUUUUUUUUUCACAUAAGACUAAAGAAAAAUCUUCAACGAAAGAUACAAAAAGUAGUAACAGCAAUAGUAAUUGUUAUCAAAAUCCACAAAGUGCACUCGAACGUUACUCUGAAAGAAUACAAGAUCAUGAUGAUCGUAUAUAUGAAAACCUUUCACCAGUUUCAUUUGUUCAAAAUAACAAUGACUUCAAUAAUAUAGAUAUUUUAAGCAAUCAUUCUUCUAGCAGCACUUUAGUGUCAGAAAAUGUUAAAAAUAUACACCAAACACACACUGUUGUGGAACCUAAUGAUAGUGAAGACACAAAAUGUUUUGCCAGGCCGAUGGUUCCGCCUAGGCCUCAACAGGAGUCACAUGUAUCACAAUGCCAAGACCAAUUACCUGAUGUUUAUUAUCAUUCCUUAGAAAAACUUGCCGAUAAAAUAUCACCCUUAGAAGAAAUUGAAAUAUAUAAAGCUUCCAAAGUACAGGCUGAUCCCGCAUCUGUUGGUGCAGAAAUAAAGAAAGUUAGCACAAAAUUUCUCAUUUCACCAAAAAAAGAAGCAGAAGUACGUAAAAUUCAACCAAUUCGCGCUCGAAGUUUGUCUCCGCAUAAGGAUAAAUCAAAAAAUGCCGAACACGUUUCUGAUAAAGUGAAUACAAUUAGUGUAGAAAAGCCAUACAAUUAUUCGGCACCGACUUCGCCUAUAGCAGUAGGGCAUAAAAUGCCCAAUAUGCCUACAAGGGCAUCUCCAUAUGAGCAUGUUAAAAGAACAAUGAUUGAAGAAGAAGAAAAGAGGAAUUCGAUGAAUAGAUCAGACGUUCGCAAAAAAUCUACAAUGUCCCCCACACAUUUUACAAGUAAUGCAAGGCUCCAAAUGCCACCAAAACAAAACAUAAGUAAAGAAAAAACUCGUCAGAGAGUGGAAGCCUUUUACUGGCAAAAAAUAAAAGAACUAAAAGAAAAAGAAGAUGAAUAUCUUUUAAGACAAUCAAUAAACAGUUCAAUGAGUGGGUCUAAAACUGAUAACGAAUAUUAUUCAAAUUGUAGCACACCGAAUUCAUUAGUUGUGGAUCCCAGAAUUAACAGUUUAUCUCGCUGUAUGGACAUAAAUGGUAACAUAAAUCGAGCUGCAAAUUUGGCUUUACCUUUUACUAGAGGAGCCCCAGAACGACGAACAGAUUCAUAUAUUAACAACAAAAAUAUACAAUCGGAUGCUGAUGUUGUAUAUAGGUAUUCAGAAAAAUAUCAAAAUGAUAAGCCUCAUUGGCCAAUAUUUCGGCGAGGCUCUCUUACUCAACAUAGUACUGUGCAGUCUCAACAACCUAAAAGAGUUAGCUUUGAGAGAAAAAGAGUAUCAAAUAUUACGGUGCAACAAAAACCUGGAAGACUAGUUUUUGAAGGUGAUAAGAAUAACUACAGAAUAGUGCGUAGCAAUGAAAAACAUGAUAUGGAUAACAGCCAUUCAAGGAACCCACCAGUGCCACCUAUCCGUACGACUAGUGUCGUGAAUACUGACAGUAGUUAUUCUACGUUUACUAGGAAUUAUAAAAAUACUGUAAGUUCUUCGAGUGUAAAUCGUUCAGCGUGUUGUGAAUCUGAGAGUGGAUCCGAGGCUAGCGAGAUUCAGCACAUAAUGGAUAACCAUCAUUAUAAAGGUAAGCACUAU